UGUGCAUGUACACAAAAAUUUUUAUUUAAAGGGAGCUUAGAUACCAAACAACAAUGAGUUGGAAUAAGCGGAAUACUAGUCAAAGAUCGAUUUACGACUACCCUGAACAUUUAAAUCCUUUCCACGAAGAUGAUAACCACAGACGGCUUCGAUUUUUUACAUUUAGCAAAAAGAAAAACGAAAAUGGCAGGCAUAGUCUAUCAAUCGGAAACUUGCAAGAACUGUGGAAAUCGUAUUCUUUUCGUAAAAAGAAAUCUUCAACGUUAGGAAUAAAUAAAACAUCAGAAAGCCCGCCAACACUACGACGAGAUUUAAAUGAUAAAAUUUUCCGCGGGGACCGUCAUACAUCCCUACAAAAUAUUGAUGCACGAAGAGAGUCUGACUCAAUCUCCAAUGGGAUGUUCUUCAAUCGUAAUGAUCGAUACCGAAGCACAACGCAGUUCUCUGGAUAUCCCGCGCCAAAUCAACAGAAUCUAAGGUUAUCACAAUCUAGUCUAGCAAGCUCAAAUCCUUUCGAAUCGCAACCGGAAUCAUGUCCCAGCUCCCCAAUGAGUGCUAGAAGAUAUCGUAAAAAGAGGAAAGCUCCAGCGCCGCCAAAACAAGUUGUUCAGGAUUAUCUAGCUACCAAAGACAUCGAGUCUCUUGCCUCUGAAAUUGAAGAGUUUGUCAACAACAGAAACGAAUCUUUAAUAAAACAAGAAGUUAGAGAGGAAGUCGCUAAACCAAAUCUACCAAAUAUUUCGGUUACUGCACCGAUCCCCGAUAGCGAACCUAACCCCAGCACGUCCACAACAACACAGACUAAUAAUGUAAAGCAAUCCAAUGAAAUAUGCACAGUCAUUGAAAAGGAAAAUAGCACUACCCCUGACUCGGAUGCCAAACCUAAUACAUGCACUUCCCCAACACCACAAUGGAUUGGCACAGUUCACGUAAAGCAGUCCCAUGAUGCAGAAAUAUCAAGAACAUCUAUGGACGGUCAAAAAAUAACUUCAUUUAAUACUGUGAGCCAACAUAAUCCCUGCAUGUCUAAAUCACCUGAGUGCAUUGCCAGCAUACACAUAACGCAAUCCACUGAACCCAGAAUAGUAUGCGAUCAAAAACCAAAUAAUGAUUUUCACAUUCAUUUUGAGGAAAACAAAAUCAACAAACAGCCAAACGGCAGCAUACCUGUUAGUGCCAGAGAAGAGUCCUUAGUUAUUGAUGGCAUUUCGAAGGAGUCGCAGAAUCCAAAUCAUACAGAAAUAGUAAAGCAUUCAAUCAUUUUGGUAGAUUCUGAAAGCAACAUUAAACCAUGCACUUCCAAAGCACAGUCCAUUGUUAAUAAUGAUGCAAAAAUACACAGUGAAUCUGAAAAUUUGAGCUUAGACCUUCAACCAAAUGAAGAUAGAAAAACUAACUCAUUUGGCACGGUCAAACAAAUUUCAAAGAUUUUUGAAGAAAACAUUAGUUAUAGUGCUCCUAACAAUAUUCCCAAAAAAAAUACAGCAGAUAGCAUAAUUGUAAAUGGUGCUAGGUCAAAGAAUGAAGAAAACUAUCGCGUUUUAAACUCAAUUCAACCGAAUCCAUCUGAAUCUAGCGAAGUAUUGCAAAUCAGAGAAGAAUUUGAGUUGGAAAAUGAAGUGAGAAUUGCUGAAAGGCAAAGAAACGAUCACUUCAGAUCUUCACUCUCCGCGGAACGGGAAUCAAAUGCUACACCGACACCGCGAAUGAGGAAGAAGAAGUCAAUUAAGGAAGUGCUAGAGUCUAUAAGCAGAAAUCAAAAGAUUUUAAAUGAAAGUGCAGCCAAGGGCACAAAAGUUUACUUAACUCCCUCCUAUGCUGAAAAUAAAUACAACCAUCCCAAUGAGUUAAAUAACGUUAGUAGUACAGCUUCUAAGGAAGUGACUUCUGCCAACAUUUCGGUUAGUACGUCGGAUACCAACGAAUCACAAACACAAAAUAACUUGUUUAUAAGCAAAAUAAGCAAAUUUAAGGGCAACAUCAGAGAGUCAUCUCCUACUUCGUCGAACUUAGACUGGAACCCUUUACCGAAACCAAGUCGGGCCCAUAAUCUAUCUAGUUCUAAUUACAACAACGGCUCGUGUUAAUGAGUUAAAUUAAUAAUGCUAUAAACAAAUAAAUAUUUAUAUCAAACAAAAACCAAAUUAUUAUGCAAUAAAAUACGAACAUGUACUUAUAAUAAA